UGGGGGUCGGGGUCUCGGCCUGGCCGGGCCCCACUGUGGGCGGCGGCGGGGUGCUGGUCCGGGGCCGAUAGGAUCUUCUGAAGAUGCGGAGUUAGUCAUUGCCAGUCUGCUGGGACAGAAAGGAAGCGGCAUCAGGAAUUGUACAGGAGGAAGGAGUAUCCAGCACGUAGUGUUCACUGCUGAUCUUUGAGUGAUCACCAUGGCUACGUCCUUGUGGAGGAAAUUGAAGUCAUUCCCUCACCAGGAUAACUUGUCCUGUAUGGUCCUGUCAAGUGACACGGUUCCCCUGGACUUCUCGGAGGAUGAAGAUGAUGUGCCUACAUUCACUGGUGCCGGUAAACUGCAAGUGGGCACUUUGGAUCAAACUGAUGAGAUUGCACAUGUGCCGACUGUGAUUUGCAAUGGGACAGUUGCAGCCAGUGGUGACAACGUUGAGUCCUGUGCGGAGCUGAAGGCUCUACAGGAACCAGGGUUCAAGGACGAGCUUCCAGGAGAUGGGCAGUGUAAUGAGGAGGAAUGUAAACAUUGUGUUAAGAACUCAGAAUUAGUCAGACAGAGGACGGUGAAAAGAAAACUGUGGAUUGCUGUUACACUCUACAGUUUAUUUACCAUUGGAGAACUCAUGGGAGGGUGGCUCUCGAACAGCCUGGCGGUCAUGACUGAUGCGGUUCACAUGCUGGCUGAUGUGCUUGGGAUUGCUGCUUCCUUGGUUGCACUGUAUCUUUCUGCAAGGCCUCCAAGUAACAGAUUCACUUUUGGCUGGCAUCGAUUUGAGGCACUGGCCGCAGUGCUCAGUGUGUUCCUGAUCUACGCUGUAACCGUCGGCCUUGUUUACGAAGCUGUUCAGAGGACCAUCCACCAGGACUUUGAGAUCCAUGCGGAUGUGAUGAUCAUCAUUGCAGCAGUUGGAGUUGCCAUUAACCUGAUAAUGGGAUUUUUGCUGAAGCAGUCCACUCAUCCCCAUUCCCACUGUCCUUCAGAAAAGGCUGCCAGAGGAGCUUCUGGGAAUGCUCCUGAACGUGCUGAUCAUUCUGGGAAUCUGGCAGUCCGAGCUGCUUUCAUCCAUGCUCUGGGAGACGUGGUGCAGAGCGUUGGAGUCCUGGUGGCAGCUUAUAUCAUCCGGUUUAAACCGGCCUACAAGAUUGCUGACCCAAUCUGCACCUACAUCUUCUCCUUUCUCGUUCUGUGCACAACAUUCCGGAUAAUACGCGACACUGCUCUGAUCUUUCUGGAAGGUACUCCGAGACACCUUGAUGUUCAUCGUAUACGGGAUUCGCUGCUAAAGAUAGAAGAUGUCCAUUCUGUUCAGGAUCUGAAUGUGUGGUCACUAACCAUGGGGAGAACAGCAGCCAUCGUGCACUUGAGGCUGAUUCCAGAGAGCACAUCCAGAUGGGAAGACGUUCAGUGCAAGGCUCGCCAUAUCUUGCUGCGUUCCUACGGUGUGCACCGAUGCACAGUGCAACUGCAGGUCUACAAGGAAUCAUCGAGCAGUGUUUGCACCAAGUGUGGCUCCUUGGAUGGUUAGGGGCCUGCUCUUUAAAAUUAGUGCCUUUUCUACAGAUUAAAGUGCAGUAUUUGAAACUGUUAUCACACAGGAGCUCAGCUUGUGAAGGCCAGCUGUAAUAUUGCAACCAGACAACAUGUCAUCUUGCUCUCACUGCCAAAACCUCUCAGCAGCUGAUUUGAAGACCCUUUUGUUCUUCAGGCAGCCUCUGGUCAUGGGUUUCCUCGCUUUCCCACGUUCCUGUGAUCAGUGAUUGAUUUGUUCACAUAACCUUUCAAACUUUUCAUUCAGUACACAAACUUUAGCCAUUGUGUGAGAGAUCAGAGUUUUCAUUGGUGACAUAACGGUGAUCUGGGGCUGAGCAGUACUGCUGCUGGGAACGAGGAGAUGGUGGGAUGGCCUCAUUGUGUCGGACCAUUCGAUGGACUUUCGAGGGGCAGGUUGAAGGCUGUAAUCUGAUGUGUUGACUCCUGGUUCACUGCAGCCAGUGUUUUAUACCCCUUCGUGUUCCCCUUUACAGCCAUGCUUGCAUCUGAGCUCCUAACACCUCUUGGAGAGCAGAUGGGAACUGAGGCUUCAGUUCCUAGUGGCUGUCCUGCAGUGUUGUCUGGGCAGGGAAUGUUUUACUUGCUUCAAGACCAUUCAUUUCCCAGAGGUGCUGGUUCCUGUUUAAUGAAGGUUUAAAUGCAGAUGUGCCAUUUGGAAUCACAGGUUGAGCAGGAAUAAUUACAAAGUUGUGUGCAAUAAUGUAGUGUUCUGGGAUUGGGAUUUGGAAGAUGCAUUACUAAUGUCCACCGUUAAACAAUAUUUAGAGAUCAGCACUUUGAACAAGUCUAUCUGAAUGAAAUCUCCUCACUUCACCUUUUGUGACCUCGGCCUCUAAUCAUUAGAGGAAUGUUUAGCCUUUAAUCUCCUGGAAGAAAUCAGGAAAUUUUAAAAUGUUUAUAAUGAGGAAACACUAAGAAACAAGAGGUAAUGAUUUGUACAAUCUGGUGAGAUUAUUUUUAUAAUUAAUGUAACGACAGUAUUUCUGAUGCUGUUCAUCACAACCCACUUGUUCUGUUACAUUACAGGAUGUGCUGUGUCCUGUUUAAUGGGAUUGUCGCAGAGCUAAUCAAAUGAUGAUUACUGGUUACCUGUACUGUACCGUUCCAUGGGCAAUGGAUUCUGUCUGACAAGUAACAUUAGGGGUCAGCCUUUGUGCCAAGUGCCACCAUCUGUCGCAAGCAUCAGACAUCUUUAAGCAGUGUGUUUUGGUGCAAUAAGGUGCUGGUGCCGUUUGCUGCUCGGAUAGGCGACCCGGAAUUGCAGUCAUCUUGAAUUUUCCCCUUCAGCUGGUCGCUGCUGUUCACUUUGUUUGGCAGUGCGGGUGUUACCUGUGGCUGGCGUGGGUGGUGCCCGGUGCGGGUGUUACCUGUGGCUGGCGUGGGUGGUGCCCGGUGCGGUGUUUACCUGUGGCUGGCGUGGGUGGUGCCCGUGCGGGUGUUACCUGUGGGUGGUGCCCGGUGCGGGUGUUACCUGUGGCUGGCGUGGGUGGUGGCCCGGUGCGGGUGUUACCUGUGGCUGGCGUGGGUGGUGCCCGGUGCGGGUGUUACCUGUGGCUGGCGUGGGUGGUGCCCGGUGCGGGUGUUACCUGUGGCUGGCGUGGGUGGUGCCCGGUGCGGGUGUUACCUGUGGGUGGUGCCCGGUGCGGGUGUUACCUGUGGCUGGCGUGGGUGGUGCCCGGUGCGGGUGUUACCUGUGGCUGGCGUGGGUGGUGCCCGGUGCGGGUGUUACCUGUGGCUGGCGUGGGUGGUGCCUGGUGCGGGUGUUACCUGUGGGUGGCGCCCGGUGCAAGUGUUACCUGUGGCUGGUGCCCAUGCUGAUGUGGGUGGUACCUGUGGGUGGCGCGGAUGGUGCCCGAUGCGGGUGGUACAUGUGGCUGGUGCCCAUGGCUGAUGUGGGUGGUACCUGUGGGUGGUGCCCGGUGCAGGUGGUACCUGUGGCUGGUGCCCAUGGCUGAUGUGGGUGAUACCUGUGGCUGAUGUGGGUGGCGCCCGAUGCGGGUGGUACCUGUGGCUCCUGAUGCGGGUGGUGCUGCUGUCUGAGGUCACCAGUCUGGGUCCCUGAUACCUGAUGUUUCUGCUGUGUGCCCCAUGGUCAGAGAGAUGGGCACAUGAAGAACCAAGCAUGAGCAGUGACUGCCACGUUCACUUUCAAGGUCUAGGCUGCAGAUUCCCUGCUUCACUUAUUUACAAGUUGUAUCCAAUCUUAUCUCUUCCUUUCCUGUGUUUUAAUGCCUCACGUUUCACAUUGAUAUUUGGUGGCAGAUUUUGUACAUAUUUUGAUUGAAUAUUAAUGUUGUAACUAACAACCAUCCUCGGUACCAAUCACCUCCUUCAAUGACGUCUCAUUCACAGAUUUCUCCCUUUGACUCGAGCCCUUCCACGUACAGUGGCUGACUGUUUUAUUUUGUUCUUUUUACAGCAAUGCGUAUUUGCCCAGUUUCUGAAUGCUUUUAAAUCCAUUGCUGUUCAAUUUCAUUGUUUUGCGAUUAUUAUUGGUCAUUAUAUUUUGCAAAAUUGAAUUCUCAGUCCCUCAAAAUGGGAUUUUCUUAAGAUGAAUACUGGGAUAACAGAUUUGUCCUUUAAGAUAAUAAAAUAUUAUCUGAUUUGUG